CCACCGCCCGGCGACCGUAUUUCGAACCUCAGGGCUCAUUCUCAGCUCGUCCGCCGUCCAUCGUUCGCAGCGUGUCUCGAGCCCGCCCGUUUGUUUGUUUGUUUGUCUUUUUCUCCCGUUUUGUGUUUUAGUGCCGUGAUAGCGUCGGUGUGCCAUGUCGUCGACCCUGCGCCCUUACCUGACCGCGGUGAGGAGCACUUUGAACGCCGCGAUGUGCCUGAACAACUUCUCCUCCCAGGACGUGGAAAGGCACAACAAGCCCGAAGUCGAAGUGAGAACUAGCAAAGAACUCCUUCUCACUCCCGUUCUCAUAAGCAGGAACGAGAGGGAAAAGGUGCUCAUAGAAGGGUCCAUCAAUUCCGUACGUAUAAGCAUUUCCGUCAAACAGGCGGACGAUAUCGAACGUAUCCUAUGCAAGAAAUUCAUGAGGUUCAUGAUGAUGAGAGCCGAGAAUUUCAUCGUUCUGAGGAGGAAGGCCAUCGAGGGGUUCGACAUAAGCUUCCUCAUUACCAAUUUCCACACGGAACAGAUGUACAAACACAAAUUAGUCGAUUUCGUUCUUCACUUUAUGGAAGAGAUAGACAAGGAGAUAAGCGAAAUGAAACUCGCCGUCAACGCAAGAGCUAGGAUUUGUGCUGAAGAAUUCCUGAAAAGGUUCUGAAUGAAAGAGGGUGGCCGCUCUGCUCCAUGUUCUCCUUCUUCACUUUGUAUUCCUAUCCGUCGAAAGGCCGCAGAACUGCCGACUGUACUGCAUCAGCGUUGAUUAUGGACUUCUCUCGUACUUCUCAUCUCUCCUGCAGAAAUCAAUUAUUUAUAUUUUCAAAGUUCGUAACUGUGAAACGGUAAACAUUGCUGCAAUUACAGUCGAACGUUAUACGCAUUCCUUGCGAUGAACAGGAAAAAUAUUGUUUAAAUAUAUUGUGUUAUGCAUUCAUAUUGAUAUAAAGAAACUGUUAAAAAAAGGCUCUUGAUAUAUUUAUAAUUGAAUUGAUUUUUCACGUACAGAGCCAGUUUUUUCAUCAAUGCAUGGAAAAUUAAAAAUAUAUUAUUUCAUUUAAAGUUA